AUGGAACUAGAACUACUGCGGAAAAUGUCUGAUACAGGCCGGCUAAACAUAGCUCGUAUGCGCUCGGCAUGGGGCUACCUCAACAAUCUUACACAACCUGGACCAGCUGUCCCUCUGUUCGAAAAUCAACAACGGAUUGGAAUCCUUGUGAAGCUUGCUGAUUGCCCCCCUCAUACAUGCCACUGUAUCUUUUCUUGGAAUGGCGAAAUAAAAUCAGACGCCAGACGGAGUUUCAUUCGCAUUCCGAAGGAAUUAUGGGGGAAAGUUAUGAUAAAUAACUUGCUCAUAUGCCCAGACGAAGAUGUAACUCUUAUAGACGGAGAUGUUAUACACUUCAUCCACAACGGAAUCAUUCACGCAUUCCGCUUGCACCUGGACGGAGCCAUCAAUUUUCCGCCCUUAGCAUUAUUGGAAGAUGCUUACGAUCCAAUAGUUGAUGCUCAAAGCCAGCAAGGAGCCUUCGGAAACGUGCGAUUUAUGAAGCCAAAAGGCCUCUGUGGACCAGUUACAGCGGUUAAAACAAUCAAAUAUCCUGACGAAAGCUACAUUUCGCAUGAAGUAUCCGUGAUGGAAAUGCUGAAGACCUUACAUCAUGACAAUAUAUGCUCCUUCGACUCGGUAUUCUAUGAACCUCAAAUAUAUUCCAUUCACAUCGUAAUGCCAAAGAUGGAUGGAGAUCUUGCCACACUUCUGAACCAAACAAUCAUCUCUGAGAGAGAGGCCAGAAAUAUUGUAUAUCAAAUAUGCGAUGCUAUGAAGUCAGUUCACGCUAUGGGCAUUAUUCACUAUGAUCUCAAGCCACAGAAUAUUCUGGUAUCCUUUGUGAACGAAGCGAUACUAGUCAAAGUAGCCGACUUUGGGAUUGCCGUUAUAACCAAUGAAGAUAUCCAAGGCCCUCUACAUAACGCAUGUGGUACAAUAGGAUACAUGGCCCCAGAGAUAGUAAACGUGGAGCAACAUAACAACUUAGUGGACAGCUGGGGAGUUGGGGUUAUGACCUUUCAGCUCCUCACAAACAAUUUUUUUCCGGGGUUCUAUAAUAACUGGGACCUCAAAUUUGACUCUGUCGUAGAAUUGACGAGGAGUACAAGAACUCGGUUAGCUAUAGAAUUCACUACAAAUCUCCUCCAAGUCGACUGGAAAGUAAAGCGUUUUUCGCUUACCCAAGCGUUUGAGCACGCCUGGCUACAUAACGCAGAUCCUGAGGAUAUGUUUCUACCACCAGUACCCUCUCAACAUCCAGUUAGACCUCAACAGCAACAAUUCAUUCCACGAGACAGCGCAAACAUCAAUAAUGCUUUGGUGCUUCGGAAUGGCUCUACUGCAUUGAUCCACGACAGCGCUUACCCAAAGAAAUCUUUUGGUCGUUGCGCUGGGCCUUCAGGAGACUCCAAAUCCAAACUCGACAUAAAUAAUCUCCAAGCUUGUCUGUCUAAUUGUCUACCGUUAUCAUCGUUGCAUAGACCUGCCACCUCUGCAUUGAAAUCAGGCAACGACGACUGGUCUCCGCCUGUGGAUGAGGACACACCUAACGCCAUGAGAUUCAAGUUCCUUCCUCCAGAAAGUCCGACUCGCUUUAGAGAGGCUAACCUUGGCAGGAAGGGUGUCCAACGACGUACGAGGGGUGUGCGCGAGAAGUCCAAGCCGUAUCCUGCUUGUGUGGAGAGAUAUAAAGCAUCAGAAGCCGGUCAGCCCAAUCAUGUUUAUAAAUAUGACUUAUAG